GAACACCUAACACCCUCCGAGUGAUACUUAAUCUAUUCUCUACCACCCUCCAUUAUUGUCACAUUCCCGACUUGACACAUCUACUUGAAAUUCGUUCAGGGACCCAACACCGCCGGCUGGUACCGUGCACAUCAGCAGGGUGAUGAGGACAUCUAUCCGGUCACUUCAUCUCAGUUGGCCCCUCGCUGUUCGACCACAUUGUUUGAUCCGAGUUGCGAGAAGGAAAAAAAAGACCGAUAUAAGAACUUCCAUCGCCAUCAUCAAUACUCAGUUAUGGAGAAUAUCGUGAACACGUCGCUCGACAUCAUCCGCCGCCACAAAGCUCGGCACCCUCGCCUUCACUCACGCUGGGGCGAUGUUGCUAUAACGCCUCCAGUCGAAGGAGCCUGGUCCCAGUUCGACAACCCAUACAUCCGUGACGAGAGAGAGUAUGGGCCAGGCUUCAUCCCUAGUUUGGAUAUUAGUAACAAGGAGGUCUUGCUUCUCGAGUCUUCUACCGACGGCUCUGACGAUGAGCUGGCAAAAGAAAAGAACAUUAAAGAAGGGAGGACGGGAAAAGAAGCAGACUCAAAGGCUAUAUCAAAAGCCAAGCGAUUGACUCGAAUCUUACUGCCCUCAAGUGUCAAUUCGACCGUAAGGAAGUCUGCCGACAAAGGGAAGGCUAAUGAUUUCCAAUACAGACCCGUGCAACCGGACUAUGCACAAGAGGUUGUAGAGAAGAUCGACCAGCAGAGCCGACCUCAUUUCCGUUAUGUGCCCGCCAGUAGGCACUACUUGUAUAAUUUGAAGAGACAUGAUAUUCGGUUGAGCGAUAGCGAAAACACCUAUGGUCACUACGAUACGGAUGAUGAUGCCGAUGACGAGAACGAGAUCAAAGAAAAGAGUCGUAGCGGCAGACAGGAACGACAACGGAGUCAUUCCUGUGACCCUGACGUUGGCGGCCGGUCAUUCGUUGUAACCACGGGGAGACGAAAGCCUCGACCUUUUCGCGGAACACCCCUCGAAACAAUAAACAGUCCCACUAGUACUAUCUCUCUGUCAGACACCAUGUCAUCGAGUACUUUGUCACGAAGCUCAGGUCCUCGAGCUAACAGCACCUCUCGGCUUGGAGAGCAGGAACAUAGCCCAAGGUGGCACGCCAUGCGCCGCCUUGACACCAAGCCUCAGGUAAUCACUGUUCAGCGAUCAAAGUCUGAUGUCAAGAAAGUGAAAAGGCGAACGAUGACUCUUGAAAUGGUCCGCGAUCAGGAAGAUCUAUGGUACUGAGAUAGAUUAGCACAGUGCUAUAUCUGCCCGUCACAUCUUUCUUAUUUCAUUUUUUUCCCUCUUGAGUUGAACUCAAAGUAUAUCUUGUCUUCCACAUAAUGAGAGGCGUGUUGUCAUGGUGGAAUUCUCAUUUCCUUCAACUAUAUUCAGAUUGGACGAAUUCUUUUGUAUGAGGCUUCCCUCUUCUGGAGUUAAUAGGUUAGCAUGUUAGGCGAACAAUCCCUUUCUAUUCAAAGUAGAACCUAGGGCUUCCCAGUCCAAGCCCUAAUUCCAAGAAAAUAAAGAAUAUUGUGGAUGGAAUGCCCGAUUUUGGUGGCGCG